CUAAGAAUCAGUAAGAGUUUUCCAUCCACUGCAGCAUAACCUAUUACGGUGACCACUCCGCACUGCAUUGACGAGAGGUUGUGUAAGCUUUUUCCACAACAAGCUUUCACCGUGGAAAGUGUACAAAGAACCGUAUACGCAUCCUGAAAUUAUGUAUCUUGCUUAGCUUGUUGAUGAACUCGAAUCGAUUUUUACGCGGUUGCUUGUGAGAUAAUGUGAACACACGUAUAAGAUUGAAAAACUGUGCAUCCUAGAACGCUACCGCCAUGGCAGAACCAACGUCGCCAUCCGCAUCGACGUUCAAGCAAAACUUUGAUCUCGUGACUCCGGAGUUUGAAGAGGAUCCGAAAGUGCUGUGGGGCGUUACCGUACCCCCGUUUGUGUCGGAGAAAGUAGUUUCCUGGGUGGAGGAGAACUUUCCCAGCUCACCACCACCGUUGGUUGAGUUUAAGGGAAUUAAUGCACUGAAGAAGAUUGAGAACGUUCGGAUGAUAGACAGAUACAACAGCAAGAAUCCGACCGUAGGCGUCCUCUACCUGACGGCAACCCAUCUAAUUUUUGUCGAUCCGGAUGCUAACAAAGAGACUUGGGUCCUAUACAUGCAUAUUGCAAGCGUGGAGAAACUCCCCCUCAGCACUACCGGUUCGCCGCUGUUGAUACGGUGCAAAACAUUCCUCUCCAUCACGUUCGUUAUCCCGAAGGAGCGUGAAUGCCAUGAUGUGUAUACAACGUUGAUGAAGCUUUACCAGCCGGUAAACAUCAAGAAUCUCUACUGCUUUCAAUACACUAGCAAUGCAAAGGAGUUGCCGAAAUCGACCGGUUGGGAUUAUUUCAAGCUGGAGAACGAAUUCAAGCGGAUGCGCGUUCCGAACGACCACUGGAACCUGUGCACGCUGAAUCAGAACUAUGAAUUGUGUGACACAUACCCGCAGCAGUUGUACGUACCGGUUGAAACGAGUACGGCCAUGCUGUUGGGAAGCUCACGCUUCCGGUCCAAAGGACGCCUUCCGGCGUUGACCUACUUACAUUCCAACAAGGCAUCGAUCUGUCGCUGCAGUCAGCCACUAUCCGGCUUCAGUGCACGCUGCCUCGAGGAUGAGCAAAUGCUGGAAGCGGUACGGAAGACCAAUCCCAACUGCGGUUUUAUGUAUGUCGUUGACACGAGACCAAGGAUUAAUGCGAUGGCAAACCGAGCGGCUGGAAAGGGGUACGAAAACGAGGCCAACUAUGAGAACAUCAAAUUCCAGUUUCUCGGCAUCGAGAACAUUCACACCAUGCGAACGAGUUUACAGAAAGUAAUCGAAUGUUGUGAACAGAAAUCUCCCACAAUGAACAGCUUUUUGAGCGCGCUGGAAUCGUCUGGGUGGCUCAAACACGUUCGAUCGAUAUUAGAUACUUCGAGCUUCAUCGCUAAUGCGGUCGAUAAGGGGAUUUCCGUUGUAGUACACUGCUCCGAUGGAUGGGACAGAACGGCACAAGUCUGCUCUCUCGCUGCUCUCAUGCUGGAUCCGUAUUAUCGUACCAUCAAAGGGUUUCAGGCACUGAUUGAAAAAGACUGGCUUGCAUUUGGGCACAAAUUCAGCGAUCGCUGCGGCCACAUUCAGAACGAUCCGAAGGAGGUUUCUCCGGUGUUUACACAGCUGUUGGAUUGCACCUGGCAGCUGAUGCAGCAGCGUAACGACGCUUUCGAGUUUAACGAGCGCUUUUUGUUGAUUCUCCAUGACCACGUAAUGUCCUGUCAGUAUGGCACCUUCAUCGGGAACUGCGAGAAGGACCGAUUGGAUUUACGACUUUCGGAGAAAACCUUCUCCUUGUGGGGUUAUAUGUCGAAUCAUUUGAACGAAUAUAUCAAUCCACUGUACAGGCCGGAAAUGGAUGAAACAAUUCGGCCGAAUUUGGCACCGCAAUGCAUCAAGUUUUGGCGUGGAAUGUACAGCCGGUUCGAGAGUGGAAUACACCCGAGGGAACCGCUGGAUGAUCUGCUGGUAGCGAGUAAGGACCAUUCGACGUCUUUGGAUGACCAUGUACAGCUUUUGACAAAGCGCAUCAACAGUUUCAAAAAUAUGAUUUCCAAGUCGGCAAAGCGGCUACAGGGUACAAAGUACGUCGACAAUCGUAACAUCGAAGUCAACGACAAUCGAUACAACUACGAUAAGCGACUCAGCGAGCUGUCCUGCGCGGACGAUGACCAUCCUCUCAAAUCGUCCAACGUUUCCAACUCUAAUUAUAAUCAGAGCACUGAAGCAAACGACAACACGCUAGCUGCGCACCAGCUGUCGGAUGAACUAACCUCGGUUGCCGUCGAGUGGAAACCGCUGCGUAGUGUUUCCAACUGUCCCUCGUGCACGAUACCGUUCGAUCAGAUCAGCAAAAAGCAGAACCACUGCUGGAAGUGUGGUAAUGUAUUCUGCAGCCGCUGUAUCGACAGAACCGUAGCCCUGGCGGGUCACAACAGCGGCAGCCUCGUGCCAGUCUGUCGGAAUUGCUACCGGGAAGUGCAACAAGUCAGUCCUUAGGUUGAUUGCUAGGUUUCGAUCUUCCUUGUUAGGGGUUUUGUUGAUUAGUUUUUGAUUUGAAGUACCAAAUUGUCCUUUGUGAUAUGUACGAUCAGCUGUGGCAGAUUGUACAUACAUAUUUGCUUUAGUUGCCCACCGUACCUUAUAUUUGUUUUCUAUUGAUCUUUCUUGCGAAAAAGCAUCACCUAAACUUUGUAAGAUAAGUAAAAAUAGUUUAGUAUGAAGAAGGAAGCAUAGUGAUGAAAGUGCAAAACAGUAUAAUACAGAAGGCUGUUUAAUAAAUAGCUAAUUAUUGUACUACUAUUUUAUGAUUGUGAUAUAUUUUCCUAGAUAAAUGGUCAUGUUUAAGCUGCUUCGGUGUAACCAUGAUCGGAUGAUACAAAAAGUAAGACAAAAUCCUGAAUAGUAGUUGAAUAUUUGUCACUUGACACUAAACGCAAUGCUUCUAGUGGCAUAGUUUGCUCAAAAUCUGCUGCAUUUGCCUUUGGACAAGAUCUAGUUGAUACUAAGUGUUAUGGGUACACUAUAAACCGCGCUGAUGAGUUCACAGUUUAACUCACACAAGGCUCUACUUAUUUAAACUAUUCGCUAAGUUAUCUGUACACUGUAUUUCACAUCACUUCAAACUACCGAGACAAUUCAUGCACAACCAACUUAAAUGUAGGUAGUAUUUUGAGCAACGAAUAAGAUAUGAAUAUUUCUAUUUAUGAGGAACAUGUAAAAUUUGUUGAUAAUGUUGUCAUAUAGAUUUAAACUAUGAAAAUCAAAAUCUGCAUCAAAAAAUGAAUUAUGACACUGGA